AUAGGUUUUUGUUUUUUGUCCAGGUUUAGCAAAACCUGCUCAAUGCUGCCUCGCAUUUUGAAUAAUCUGGCAGCGAAUAUUGAAUUCUUAUUGCACUAGAAAUUUUAAUUACUAUUAUUCUUGCAUAGUUAAGCUCUAGAUCAUUCUAAUGGCUAAACUUCCUUGGUCUUUGUUUUUGUGUCUCCACUAUGAGGACCCUCUUGUGAUUAUUGUUUCAUAUCAGUACAUAUUUUGCAAAUUGCAAGUGAAAAAAAAAAUCCUUGACGUGUGACUUAAAACUAUAAGAACCUGAUGAGGGACUUUGCUAAUUGCUGUUGUAUGUGUUUUAUAAUCUGUGUGGAGCAGGGUGGUGUUGUAUUGGGUCCGUCUAUUCUUGGCCAAAAUACUUCAUUCUCAACAAAAUUAUUCCCCAAGAAAGGCAAAAAUAUACUUGAUACGCUCUCAAUUUUCGGAUUCACGCUGUUCAUCUUCCUAAUUGGAGUGAAAAUGGAUCCGAGCAUGGUCUUAAGAUCAGGCAAAAAAACUUUAGCUAUAGGAAUACUAGGUUUUUUCAUUCCUUAUGGACUGGCCAGUUUUGUUGCCUUCCUUCUCCAGCAAUUCCUAUCUUUGGACCACGAGAUCUCCAGUGUGCUUCCCUCUUUGAUAAUCAUGCUGUCCAUGACAGCCUUCCCUGUUAUGGCCUGCUUUCUCGACGACCUCAAGAUCCUUAAUUCAGAGAUUGGACGAUUAGCCUCUUCAUCCUCAAUAAUCUGUGAUAUAUGUCACUGGACCAUCAUGUCAGUGAAGUACGCGGCGAAGCUAGCUAUGGCGAAAUCAUUUAAAUUAUCAGUUGGGUCGUUUCUAUCAGCUGUCCUCUAUAUAGUUGUUAUUGUGUUUGGAGUCCGUCCAGCAGCUUUGUGGAUAAUCAGACAUACCCCAGAAGGGAGACCUGUUAAGGAGAGAUAUAUCUCUGCGGUGCUUGUAACAUUAAUGUGCUGUGGACUUGUGGGUGAAAUUCUUGGCCUGAGUUCCAUUAUGGCAGCUCUAGCUAUUGGUUUGGUGAUACCGGAUGGGCCACCAUUAGGAGCUGCAUUAGUGGAGAGGCUGGAUUGUUUUGUUUCGGUUCUGUUGAUGCCACUCUUUUUCACAAUCUGUGGGCUACAGAUGGAUGUUUUCGCUAUAGAGAAACUGAGAAAUGCGGGUGUUAUGCUGUUGGUUGUUUUAGCUGCUUUCAUUGGAAAGAUUAUGGGGACAAUGUUACCCCCGCUCUUCUGCAGGAUGCCAUUCCGAGAUGCCCUCUCUCUUGGCCUCAUCAUGAACUCCAAAGGCAUUGUUGAACUUGCUUUAUUGAAUGAUUGGAAGCAAUCCAAAAUCAUAAAUGAAGAAUGCUAUACCAUAAUGAUAAUCUCAGUGGUGCUAGUGACGGGGGUAAUCUCUCCUCUUGUGAAAGUCUUGUAUGACCCUUCGAAAAGGUACGUUGCUUACAAGAGGAGGACUAUUCUACACCUCAGGCACAACGAUGAACUCCGGGUACUAGCUUGUGUCCAUGGCCAAGAAAAUGUACAAGCGAUCAUGACCCUUCUUCAAGUAUCCAGUUCUCCCAGAUCAGAGUUCCCUGUAAAUUUAGUUGUCCUCCACCUCGUUAAGCUCAUGGGCCGUUCCUCGUCCCUGCUCAUUGCACACCGGGAACGUGAGAAGCCUUCUCCCACCCCUACCAUCUCUGAACGAAUCUUCAAUGCCUUCAAAAAGCUCGAACUACAGAGCAAUGGCCGCCUCUUUGUCCACUGCUACAAGGGCAUUUCGCCUUAUGCAACAAUGCACAACGACGUGUGCUCUCUUGCUCUAGAAAAGCGAACGACUCUCAUUAUUGUACCGUUCCACAAGCUAUGGGUCUACGGGCAAAGGGUAGAGACCUCAUAUGCAUUUAGGCACCUGAACAAGAAUGUACUCGACAGGUCCCCUUGUUCGGUUGGAAUCCUCAUAGACCGGGGUAACCGCAAGUCCCGAUACAUAAUAGCCGAUCCUUCGUCAUACCGAGUUGCGGUGCUCUUCUUUGGGGGCGCCGAUGAUCGCGAAGCACUAGCAUAUGCUCGACGAAUGUCGCAACAUCCCAAUGUAAUGCUCAGUCUGAUACGGUUCGCUGCUUCAAACCCCGCAAUUCCAAUUGUGGGGGGUACGGAACGGAGCAGGAUGCUCGAUGCCGAUAUCUUGAGCCACUUCAAGCUCAACUUGAAUCAAAGCGAGCAAGUUUUGUACCAGGAAGAGGUGGUGAGCACCGGUAUGGAUGUGCUCAGGGUGACUAGAGCAGUGUUGGAGAAUGGUUAUGACCUUGUCAUGGUGGGCAGACGCCACGGAGACUCGAACAUCAUGCUUCAGCUCGGGAAGUGGAAACAGCGUGGGGAAUUGGGGUCAAUCGGUGAAAUACUUGCUUCCUCAGAUUUUGAAUGCAGCGCUUCGGCAUUGGUUAUGCAGCAGCAGACCAGACUAUGGGGAUUGCAGGAUCCAGAGGAGUCAACACACUUGAGAAAAAUUAGUUUGUAGGUGAAUUAUCUUAGAUUAUUAUACAUUCAAGAGGCAAUAUUGUAAACGACAACAAAAAAA